AUGACAGGUUCAAGAAAAUUCUUUGUUGGAGGAAACUUUAAAUGUAAUGGAAAUAAAAGUUCAUUGCAAACAUUGAUUGAAUCAAUUAUUAAAUCUACAUUACCUGCCUCUGAGAUUGUUGAUAUUGUUGUUUCACCACCAUCAAUCUAUUUGGAAUAUGUUAAUCAACUUGUUGGACAAAGAGUUCAAGUAGCCGCUCAAAAUUGUUACUCUGAGACCAAGGGUGCUUAUACUGGAGAGAUUUCAGCCGAGAUGAUCGUAGACAUUGGUCUCAAGUGGGUGAUCCUAGGUCACUCUGAAAGAAGAAACUUGUUCAAGGAAAGCAACCAACUCAUUGCCAAAAAGACACAACAUGCUCUCUCUCAAGGUCUUUCUGUCAUCUUUUGUAUUGGUGAACUCUUGGAACAAAGAGAAACCAACAAGACCGAACAGGUAUUGGACGAACAACUUGGUUUCCUCCUCAAUGGUGUCGUUUCAGAUUGGUCAAAGGUAGUUAUUGCCUAUGAACCAGUUUGGGCCAUUGGCACUGGAAAGACUGCUUCACCACAACAAGCUCAAGAUGCCCAUGCUUUUAUCAGAAAAUGGUUAUCGGAAAAGGUCAGCAAAGAAGUUGCCAAUGCUACCAGAAUUCUCUAUGGUGGUUCUGUCACUGCAACCAAUAGUGCUGAACUUUCAAAACAACUAGAUGUUGAUGGGUUCCUUGUUGGUGGUGCUUCCCUCGUAGCUAGUGAUUUUGUUACCAUUAUUAAUACUGCCAAUCCAAAAUCUUAUCUUUAA